AUCUUGAAUCCUUGCCUCACUUGAUGCAGCUAAUCUGGCUGUGACGGUCCCACCUGAUGACGGAGACUUGUGUUGCCUCCGAAACGUCGUGAUCUUUAUUUUAUUUUAUUUUUAUUAAUUUUGAUGUUUUACCUACGUGACUUUACCGAAAAAACCUAAGAAUAUGAAUCCUUGCAGUCACGAAAGCUUCAAAUCUAGAAUUAACUAUCAGAGUUAUGUCUUUUGUUUGUAUUAUGACUGCAGGUAUUGCGGUCUAUGCAAACAUGACUCCUUGUAAAAAAGGUGUCAGUUUUGUUGCCAGAUAGAAGGAUAAAAAAAACCUAUUAUCAUAUUUUUACUGGCAAAUGAGGUUCCCAUAGUAACUCCACAUACUUACGCGAUCUAAUCAAAAGAAACCUAUUUCAUAAUAUUGGUCACGGAAGCCCACGCGUCAAAAUACGAUUAGUGUAUUUGGCUGCUAUGGAUCUCACGGUAUUUAUUGGAUAGUUUGUCGUUGCUCUAGCCCUUCUAGAGCAUGCAUUACCAUUGACAUAGUUCACAGCUUUCUAGCCCCUUCUAGAACAUCAUUCGAAUGUAUAGAACUGCACUACAGUACGCAGUGUACACUGCACUCACACAUGCCGCAAUUGUGUAUCGGCGCAUGUCAGGAGUCUGGGCGGCACUUACAGGGCAAGACGGAUCCACUGCUAUGCCAGUGUGAACCUGGCAAAACCAGGUGGGUGGCUGGGUGCGGAUUGUGUGGCCCAUGGGCGGAUUGAGCCAGACAGGGAAUGGGUUCCAAAAUCACACAAGCACCACGCGUGGUUCAUGCUCAUCGCACUGAUAGAGAGUAGAGGAUCACAACUUUGCAGUGUGAGUAUCGGUCUUGGUUGAAAGUUUCACUUUGAUUAACCGGGUGGAAAUGUCAAGAGACCAGGAUGAGCAGAAUUACAAAAUGACAAGAGCAAAUGGAAAAAAAAAUUCAGCGCAUCAAAGACGCAAGUAGAAAUUGGAACACAAAAAAAUAUUUAAAAAUACUUUAAAAAAAGACACGCUUUAAUGAAAUGUACUGUCCGAGCUGCCCCUCCCCCUGCCCCCUUCCCCCAUCGCCCCUCCCCUCUUUCCACAUCCCCCGCCCCUCGGCGUGGCUCCCCGAGGCUUGCCGUGACGUAAGGGACCACGUGGUGAUUUACAGGCAACGUGAGUUGAGCGUGGACAAUUAGACCCGUAAAAAAGAUUGUUUAAAAUAUAUGUUUAUUGUUUAAUGAUAGAAUAUAGUAUUGUCAUCAGUAUGACACAGCUAUACCAAGUUUGCAGUCGAUACGACAUUGGGAAUACGGUUGAAAUUGAGUUACAAGAUUUUAGAAUACGACAACACACAGAGUAAGUUAAAUAAAAGCGUGUUAAAUGUUUAAAAAUAUAUGUUUUGAAUUUUUUACGAUAGAAUAUAGUCUUGUCAUCAGUAUGACCUAGGUAUUUCAAGUUUGCAGUGGGUUUACCAGGUUCAAACCGGGAUACGUGCACCUUUCCUGGCACGAGGGCUGUGGUGAAGUCGCCAUCACUUAGUGCUCGUCGCUGGAGUCGGAGGUGCGCAUGCUCGUGUACGUGCACGUGGUCCUGUGGGCGCUCGUUCUGCUGCAGGUCAUCGUGAGCAGCCUGCGCCUCGUGCCCAGUAGCCUGGUGGCGCGGCCCUACCUCUGGGAGUACCCCUACCUGCUGAGCGUGGCUCCCGCGCUGCUCACGAUUAGCGCCAUGCGCAGGAGGAGCACGUACCGCAUGGUCCUUGCCAUGGCGAUGACGUCGCUUGUGUCGCUGGGCCCUCUGGUCUACGGGAGCGUCGAGAUGUUCCCAAUGGCCAGGCAGCUUUACACGCAGGGAAAGGUUUACCGCCACAUUCUCGGCUUCUCGGCCGUGUCGGUGCUGUACUUCGCGAUGGUGAUCGCCGUGCAGGUGCACGGCUGGCAGCUCUACUACUGCAAGCAGCUGCUGGAGGUGUGGUCCUCCGCUCCCACCCAGGAGGCGCCCGGGGGCCAGCGCAAGAGCCAGUGACGUCCCCGAAGGACCCUCCGUCGCCAUCCACCCCACCCUCCGCUUUUGCCUCUUUUUUCACGGGGGUGUCAGGCACCCCACACCUGCCCCUUUCUCUCCUCUGUGACUUCACCCGUCGGGUGGUGAUCUGCGUACAAACCUGAGCCGCACCGGUGCCGUGCAGCGAUGUUCGUUGUUGAGUCGCACUACGCUCCCUGGCCUUCCAACGACUCGCGCCGACCGGCAUGGUGAAGUACGGUCAGAAGUCUCCCACGGCCUGGCACAGUGGGGGGAGGCCGGCCUUCAUCCAGCAGUGGGUUGACAUGGGGUUGUACGUGUGCGGUCUUGUUAAAUUAUUGUUUUUCUUCAAACGGUUUUCAAUUGCUAUUGUUAACGUCGGCAUUAUGUUUCCGAUGUGCGCAUAUAUUUCCAGUAAGAUAUGCUCGCAGCUAGCAGUAGGCUUUGUACGGUUUAUAAACUUUUCCACAAUGAACGUCAUUUAAUAGGGCAGUGGUGGUGGGUCAUGCACAUGGCUGCCUGUAAUCCAUCACUGGAGGAGGCAGCAGCGAGGGUUGGUGGUUCACACGUAGAUGUCGUGGACGUCGCUUCCCGCGGACGACGCAGGCGCCCGUACCCUGGCUCGCCGGGAGAAAGGCGGCACAGCAAAAGUGUGGGCCCCACCCGUCUCCUCUGCGUGGCAUGGAGUGUUGCCCCCGUCUCCGGGCGCUCCGGUUUCUUCCCACACGUAAACACUCGUACUAGUAGGAACCUCCUGGUUACACCAGCCCACAGGGGAUUAUUGUGUCCGUCGUGCAGGGAGGGGCUGGGUGGAGAGG